AGAUCCAAACAUUUUCUCUCUCUUCCUUCACUCACCAUGCUCACCUCAAAAUUGUCGCAAAAAUUUGGAAAGGAGAAAGGAGCCAGUGACGAGGAGGAGGAGGAAAUUGAGAUACCAUUGCAUGGGCUGUCUUCAGACGACGACGACGAUUCUUCAGACGAAGACGAGCCGACGCUCACUCCCAUAGACGUGGAAAAACUUCCUACCAUUGCCAAGGACGAUGCGAAUGUGAAACGACGAUUAGAAAGGGCAAAGCGGUUGCCGUCGAACGACCGAGGCGUAUUGUACAUAGGCAGAAUACCCCACGGCUUCUACGAAGAACAGAUGAAGGCCUACUUUUCGCAGUUUGGCAACGUCACUCGUAUACGUAUCUCGAGAAACAAAACGACGGGUCGUUCAAAACAUUAUGGAUUCAUCGAAUUCGACUCUGCAUCUGUCGCGCAAAUCGUUGCUGAGACGAUGGACAACUACCUGCUCAUGGGCCACAUUUUGCGGUGCAAGGUCAUACCCAAGGAAGAAGUGCAUCCUCAGCUAUGGGUAGGAAGCAACCGCAAGUGGAGAGUGGUCCCUAUGGAUCGUGUGGUCCGAGUGGAUCACAACAGGCCUCGCACCGCCGAAGAGCAGCAAAAGGCAUCAAAACGACUGUUGAAAAGGCAGAACCAACGGAAACGCAAGCUCGAGGGGGCGGGUAUCCAAUAUGAUUUUGAUGCAGUCGCAUAUAAAAAACCAGUGAAGGAUAAUUCAUAGUUCUACGCGACGACAGCGUAUAGGAUACACUAUUUAAAUGGUACAGCAGCAAUGGACAAGCAGUCAAGUUCAAGUAUCCCGGGGGUUCAAGCUGUUGACUAUUCUUUCAUUUUCUGUGAGGGAGCGUCAGUCGUGUUAUGCGAUCAUCUGGAAAGGGCUCCCGUAUACCGUAACAGGCUUCUUUCACGAGACCCAUUGCCUUGAUGUGCUUUGCUUCGCAUCCUUGAGCUGAUGCUUGCAGCGUCAUUCGUCGUUUCUCAGCUAUGCU